GGACCCAGCCCACCCUGCAUCACCUCCGUGUCCGUCAACGAGAGCCUGCUCACGCCCCUCAACCUGGAGAUCGACCCCAACGCGCAGUGCGUGAAGCACGAGGAGAAGGAGCAGAUCAAGGGUCUCAACAGCAGGUUCGCUGCCUUCAUCGACAAGGUGCGCUUCCUGGAGCAGCAGAACAAGCUGCUGGAGACCAAGCUGCAGUUCUACCAGAACCGCAAGUGCUGCGAGAGCAACCUGGAGCCCCUGUUCGAGGGCUACAUCGAGACCCUGAGGCGGGAGGCCGAGUGUGUGGAGGCCGACAGCGGGAGGCUGGCCUCAGAGCUCAACCACGUGCGGGAGGUGCUGGAGGGCUACAAGAAGAAGUAUGAGGAGGAAGUUUCUCUGAGGGCCACAGCUGAGAAUGAGUUUGUGGCUCUGAAGAAGGAGAUCCGCAUUCUCCAGUCCCACAUCUCUGACACCUCAGUCAUCGUCAAGAUGGACAACAGCCGAGACCUGAACAUGGACUGCAUCGUGGCUGAGAUCAAGGCUCAGUAUGAUGACAUUGCCAACCGCAGCCGCGCCGAGGCUGAGUCUUGGUACCGCAGCAAGUGCGAGGAGAUGAAGGCCACAGUGAUCAGGCACGGGGAGACCCUGCGCCGCACCAAGGAGGAGAUCAAUGAGCUGAACCGCAUCAUCCAGAGGCUCACGGCCGAGAUUGAGAAUGCCAAGUGCCAGAACACCAAGCUGGAGACGGCAGUGACCCAGUCUGAGCAGCAGGGCGAGGCGGCCCUGAGCGAUGCCCGCUGCAAGCUGGCUGAGCUGGAGGGCGCCCUGCAGAAGGCCAAGCAGGACAUGGCCUGCCUGCUCAAGGAGUACCAGGAGGUGAUGAACUCCAAGCUGGGCCUGGACAUCGAGAUCGCCACCUACAGGCGCCUGCUGGAGGGCGAAGAGCAGAGGCUGUGUGAGGGCGUUGGCGCCGUGAACGUAUGCGUCAGCAGCUCCCGCGGUGGCGUCGCCUGUGGCGAUCUCUGUGUCUCCGGUACUUCCCCUGCUGUCAACACCAGAGUUUGCAGCGCCCCCUGCAGCGGCAACGUGGUGGUGGGCACCCCCAACGCCUGCGCCCCCUGCGCCGGGGCCGGCGCCUGCAGCGGCGGCUGUAGGAAGUGCUAGGAGGCCUCCUACAAUCAAAGCUACAAUUGAGGGCCACCGUCACCCUCUGCCCAGCCAGGACUUCGCGCAACCGGAACGCACCACCCACUGCUGGCCUCCCCGAGCCGGUUGGUUGCCUGAUGUGUACACCCUACACUUCGUCCCCGCCUGCUCCCCUCUGGGCGCGCUGAGCCCCGGGAGGCAGGGGCGGGUGCCUUGGUCUUUUUCUGUAACCUUUCCCAGUAGUCAGUUUGUUGUCCCAAGGAUUCAUUCUUUUCUUCCGCCUUUUGUUUUUUUGCUGGACUCAUUGGUCCUGCCUGACCCCCUUCUCCAGAGCUUGGAGGAACAGGACCGGCCCCAGAAUCUUCCUUUCUGCCCUUUCCAGGAGGUUGCUCAGGUGCUUUCACCUGGAAAUGCAAGGGACCCGGCCAAGGGAGGGAGGGAGAAUACCUCCUUCCUGGGCUGCCUGCAGAAACUUCUAAAAAGCCAAUGACUCAGCUGCCUUCCUGCACGUUUGUCUGUCUCACUCUGUGCCUCCAAUAAACUAAUUGUAGCGAAUCAAA